UGGUUAUCUAUAAAGGUAUACUUGUCUAUGGUCGACAGUCGUACAUGUGCGGUUGUCUGAUAGUGUCGUAGUAGUUUUAAUUAACAAUAAUUGGCGUAUAUUUAAGUGUAUCGACUCAUUUGACUACGGCACACGCCGAGCUACUAUUUACAACACUGUUAUGUAUUUUAUAAUUAAUUGAGUAGUCAUCAAAACGAUGAAAACCACCCCGUUCGGCGUUUGCAUAGCCGUCUGUGCCUUGUUCUUCGCAUUGGACUCAGCGUCCGCCGAAAAAGACGUGAGCGCCAAAAGUGAUCUUAAUUUGCUUGUGCUCACAGUAGCUUCUGAAAAAAAUGAUGGUUUCAAGAGAUUCAUUGAUUCUGCUAACCUAAAUGGCCUUAAAACUAAAGUGCUUGGUGUUGAUAAGCCAUGGCAAGGAGGCAACAUGAAUAGUGUUGGUGGUGGUUACAAACUAAAUUUGUAUCUUGAAGCAUUAGAGCCUUAUAAAAACAAUGACAAUUUAGCAGUAUUACUCACUGAUGCGUAUGAUGUUGUACUUUUAGCUAACAGCAGUACAAUUCUAAAAACAUUCACUGAAUUUGAUUCUUCAAUAGUAAUUUCAACCGAAAAUAGUUGUUGGCCCGAUAGAAAAUUAGCAGACAAAUAUCCUACUGUUGAUCUAAAUGGUUAUAGAUUUUUAAACUCUGGAGGUAUAAUUGGUUAUGCUAGCCAAUUGUAUAAGCUUCUAUCAGAGAAGCCAAUUAAAAAUCUAGGAGAUGAUCAAUUGCAUUUGACUAAUUUGUAUUUAAAUAGCGAAUUACGUGAAAAGCUUAACAUUAAGUUGGAUAAUUAUGCAAAAUUGUUUCAGAAUGUCUAUCUUGCUGAAGACGAUAUAAAACUGAAACUUGUAAAUAGAUCAUAUGUAUUGGAAAAUAUUAAUUUUAAUACUCAACCAGUUGUUAUUCAUGGAAAUGGAUUGUCUAAAAUAACAUUCAAUAGCUACACAAAUUAUAUUCCAAAUAAGUGGUCUCCUGAGAGUGGCUGUAGAUCGUGCUACGACAACAAUCUAGAUCUUUCAACGCUCAAGGAAGAAAAUUAUCCAAAAGUGCUGUUAUCUAUAAUAGUUGAUAAACCAACUCCAUUUUUUGAUGAGUUUUUAGAAAAAAUUGAAAACAUUGAUUAUCCAAAAAGCAAACUGUGUUUGUCUAUAACUACACUCGUGGAAUAUCAUAAAGAGCACGUGGAUAAAUUUGUUUCUAGAAUAGGUGACAAAUAUAAUGGAUCAUUUGUGUUUCAUAAGACUGCAGAAGAAAACAUUCAUGCAAGGCACUUUUCAUUUUCAUUAUGCACUAGCAAAUUAUGUGACUAUUUAUUUUACAUUGAAAGUGAAGCACAUUUAGAUAAUCCACAGACAUUAAAAACAUUAAUUCAACAUAAUAAAAAAAUUAUUGCCCCUAUGCUCACACGACCAUUUAAAGCUUGGUCUAACUUUUGGGGUGCCUUAUCUAAAGAAGGAUUCUAUGCUAGAUCGUUUGACUACAUGGAUAUUGUCAAUUACAAUAAAACAGGGAUCUGGAAUGUACCUUAUAUAAGUAGUUGUUACUUAAUGAAAGGUACAAUUUUGGAAAAUAAAUACACUAGGCCAUCAUACAAAGAAGAUAACUUGGACUAUGAUAUGGCAUUUAGUAAAUCAUUAAGAGAAAAGGGGGUUUUUAUGUAUAUUGAUAAUCAAUAUACUUAUGGGCAUUUGAUCGAUUCAGAAUCAUUUGAUAUUACUCUUAAAAAUCCCGAAGUAUACCAAAUAUUUGAAAACAGAUAUGAUUGGGAACAACGUUAUAUUCAUCCAGAAUAUAUGGAAAAUUUCAAUCCAGAUAAAAAACCUGCUGAGCCAUGCCCAGAUGUAUUUUGGUUCCCAAUUGUAACUGAACAGUUUUGCCAAGAAUUCAUUGAAAUUAUGGAAAAUUUUGGUCAAUGGUCUGACGGUACAAAUAACGAUCCCAGAUUGGAUAAUGGAUAUGAAGCUGUGCCAACAAGAGACAUUCAUAUGAAACAAGUUGGGUUACAAAAUGUGUGGCUAGAGUUCUUAAGACUAUUUGUUUCCCGAUUACAGGAGCAUGUGUAUCUUGGCUAUUACUCAGAUGGCCCUCCUCGUUCUCUGAUGAACUUUGUCGUCAAAUACAACCCACUUGGUCAGGCUUCACUGAGGCCUCACCAUGAUUCUUCUACCUAUACCAUCAAUAUAGCUUUAAAUUCUCCUGGAAAAGAUUAUCAGGGAGGUGGCUGCCAUUUUUUGAGAUACAAGUGUAAAGUUACAGACAUGAAAAAAGGUUGGAUGCUAAUGCACCCGGGACGGCUCACCCAUUACCAUGAAGGACUUGAAGUCACCAAUGGCACAAGAUAUAUUAUGAUAUCUUUUGUUGAUCCUUAACAACAUUGGCAUUUUUGAGAUAUAUACAACAGUCAAUAACUAGACGACGAACAAAUAUUUUUUUUUACAUCCUGUGUUUUACUUUUAGAUUUUUUACAUUUGUUGAUUUUUUUAUACCCAAUUUAACCGAACAAUAAUUAGUCAUUUAGUUAAUAGGUGAUUUUAUAAUCACAGACAUUUUUAAAUUUAUUUUUAUAAAAUAUAAAUUAUAAUAGAUACCUCAAAUUA